AUGCGUUAUGCUCAGAAAUUGGGCAUACUUAUAGUAUUUCUCGUCGGUUUAAUUGCAAUAAGUCAAUUAUAUUUAUUCAAUUACUCUCCUAAAAGUGUUUCCAGAUUCAAAGAUGAGCUGCUCCAUCCUGAUACAGGUGGCACUGAUUUGAGUAUUAAGCGGCUAAAGCUUAGAAACUCCCUAGCGAAACCUCUCGCCAAAAUAUUCAAUGCCAAUAAGGUUCUAUUUGACCAAAAUGUGGACAAAUUUCGAAUUCGACCUAGGCUACCAGUCAAACGCAUAAUCGUUACUGGUGGGGCAGGUUUUGUCGGCUCUCAUCUGGUUGAUGUUCUUAUGAGUCAGGGUCAUAAUGUGACUGUACUUGACAAUCUUUUCACUGGAGAUUUGAGAAAUAUUGCCCAAUGGAUGAAGCACUCACGCUUUAAAUUUAUUAAUUUCGAUGUUUCAAACCCAAUAUACUUGGAGGCUGAUCAAAUCUAUCACCUGGCCUCGCCAGCUUCUCCUCCUAUUUAUAUGGUUAAUCCAGUUGAAACCUUGAAAGCAAAUCUUCUUGGAACGAUAAAUCUUUUGGGGCUUGCUCUGCGUACUGGAGCGACAUUCCUCUUGGCAUCUACAUCGGAGGUUUACGGUGAUCCUGAAGUCCAUCCUCAAUCAGAAUCCUACUGGGGAAAUGUUAAUCCUAAUGGGGUUCGAUCUUGUUACGAUGAAGGCAAGCGUGGUGCUGAGUCCCUCACCUACGCCUAUUUUAGAAGUAAAGGUGUUCCUAUUCGAGUGGCUCGGAUCUUUAAUACUUACGGUCCUCGAAUGCAAUUAAACGACGGACGAGUGGUCAGUAACUUUAUUCUUCAAGCGCUCUCCAAUAAGGAUAUAUGUAUGUAUGGUAAUGGAAAUUUCACGCGUUCCUUCAUGUACAUUUCGGAUCUCGUUGAGGGCCUAAUCCGUCUCAUGAAUGCCAACAUCACCGAUCCCGUCAAUCUGGGCAAUCCUCUCGAAUUCACCAUCCACGAAUUGGCCGUUAUUGUCAAAAAUCUCACUGGCAGUUCUUCCAACAUAACCAACUGUCCAGAAGCUAUCGAUGAUCCCAAACGGAGAAAACCAGAUAUAACUCGUGCAAUAACUCAUUUGAACUGGGAGCCAAAGAUCCAACUCAAAGAGGGCCUCCGGUUGACUAUCGGUGCAUUUCAAGAGGCCCUCAAGAAUCCGUCGCUUCGGAUGAAGAACCCAAAUCUCGCAAGAUAUUUAUCUGAUGAACAAUAG